GGGGGGACAAGGCCAGGAUCGCUCUAAAGAAACUGGGAAAUUCCGUAUGUCUGGAUAGCUUGUAGUUGGGCGAUCCGUUUACCUGGAUCAAACAAAAUGCCCCAGAAGUGUGUAAGUUUUCGAGUACUCCGGAAUCCUUCAUUGGACGGUUAAAAAAGCGGCACGGCUGCUGGGAGAGGACCAGAAAGCACAGCGGCUGGGCCGGAGGGGCGGCCUACUGCAGCGUGUGCCCCCCGCCUAAGCUUCCUCCUGCCUUGCCCCACCUAGCCUGAUGAAGAGUCCUGGAGAACCCAAAGACUUGCACCCUCUGGUGGCUUUGCUAGCAAACGGAUUGCCCAGUGGUGCGCCUCCUUUUCCCGUCUCGGACUCUUCGUUUUCCCUCCUCCCCAAAGUACAGCUGAGCAGCCGCUCUAAUGCUGCAAGCUACGCCCAUUCACCCGAAGCCAGGAUCCUUGCUGCUUGCACUGCCCCGCACUUGGCCCCACUGCGUGGAAGAUGCCUGCAACCGUGGAGGAAAGGAGUCCUCACCUCCCACCAUUCCCUUGGCAUCUUCAUGGCACUGCAGCCCUGGAGCCAGCAGGGCCGUGGUCUUUGGGGGACACAGCCCAGGCUGCUGGGUGCUUUAGCUUCUCGGGGUGCCCUGGAGCAGAAGUCCAGCACUGAAGGUGUGGAGCAGUUCCAGCUAAUUUACAGGUUCCCGGCCAUCAAAUACUGCAGGGCUGUUUCAAGGCUAAAGCUGCUGCAGACGGCCAUCACCAUCUUGGCUCUGCCUCCGGUCUGGUUUCUUUACUGGCAAAACCACAUCAGCCUGGCCCAGUGCCGGUACAGCACUGGCAUCGCUGGCUUCGCUGCUGUCAUGCUGUACGGCAUGAGCUUCUACUUCCGGCGAAUCAUUGGCAUGAUGUACCUGAAUGAAGAUGGCACCACUUUGCGGGUGGCACACCUGACAUUCUGGGGGAGGAGGAAGGACAUAUACUGCCCUGUUGAAACAGUGAUGCCCUUGGGAGAUAUGACCCAGCAGAAUGACGUACUGCUGCAGUUCAGGCAGAGCACAGAUCCUCAGGCUUGGGAGCCAGAUGAAGUCUCUCUGUGAAUAGCUACAAAAGACCGUACUUUCUGCUUAGCAGACAACUUUGUCAUCAAAAAUCUUCAAAAC